AUGAACGUCUUAUCUCAACCACUACCUCUUCCAUCAAGCCGUCGACGUCGUGGUUUAAUUACUCCUCGUUCACCAACAUUUGUUGAUGCUGCACCAGUAGCUGUUAGUAACAAAAUUAGAGCAAUUCAAGCACGUAAAAGUCGGCUGACUCUCGUUUCUCCUGAUGCUGUUUAUACGGAUAUACGCCAAUUAAAUUUUGGAUAUAAUAAUGGUGUUUCACAAUCUAGAACAGAGCUUCCUAUUUUAACUCCUGAAAGAUUAGUUGAUCGUAGUAGAGAUAUACGUUAUGAUCGUAUUUCUGCUCGUCGAUCUUCUCGUCCAACUGUUAUAGUGAAUACAAAUAACAAUCAACAAUCAAUAUUUUGGUCUAAUUAUCAACCAUUAAAUAAAUCUACUAAACAACCUCAAACGCAAUCAAAUUCAAUAGCAUAUACACCACCUGGCCUUGGAUCAGCUAAAAAUAAAUCACCAAUUCGUAAAAUAUCUGAUCUUCCUCGACGACAGAUUCGUCAACUAUCAGUUGAACAACAUACUUCUCUAAUACGAACUGAAACUAAAGAAAAAUCGAGUUUAAAACCACAACCUUUACUAAGUUCAAGAAUUCAAUCUCGUGAUAGGAUACUUAAUAAUAAUAAUAAUAAUAAUCAUCAUAAUCUUCAAACACCUGAAACUCUAGAUGAUCAAGAACAUAUGAUAAUGGAUGCAGAAUUUGAAGAAUAUCUCGAAAAAGCGAUUAUUAAAUGUGCUGAUUGGCUAAUUAAAUAUGUUUUUAUUUGA